AGUCACUCCCACAGCCCAACAGCAGCUUCAGGAAGAAGCAGUGUUAAUCAGUAAAGCAGCUGUGUGAGUUUUAUUUCUAAGACCAUCCUCAGGCACGGAGCAGGAACCAGUUUUCCAUCCAGGCGGGGGAGAAACAAACACCGACAUGGAGGACAGGGGAUGUUCUCUCAACGAGUACUCCGUGCAGCGGCAGGUUCUGGAUGAGUUAAGUCUGGAUGAGGUGGCACAAAAAGGGAACUGGUCCACAAAGCCCACCUUCACUGAACGUCUGAGAGGCUCCAUGAGUUGCUCAGUGCCCCGUGCAAAGGAAGUCGUGUUGAGCUGGGUGCCUGUUCUUGGCUGGCUGCCUAAAUACCGCAUCAGAGAAAAUGCAGUCGGGGACCUGAUCUCGGGCUGCAGUGUGGGCAUCAUGCAUCUACCACAGGGCAUGGCAUAUGCUCUUCUGGCUUCUUUGCGCCCUGUGUUUGGCCUGUACACCUCACUUUACCCGGUGCUGGUCUACUUCAUCUUUGGGACUUCCAGACACGUCUCCAUUGGUACUUUUGCAGUGAUCAGCAUUAUGAUUGGGAGCGUGACGGAGCGGCUGGCUCCCGACAGUAACUUUCUAGUUAACGGUACAAAUGGGACAGGAAGUGUAAAUGUUGAUGAGCGGGAUGCUUACAGAGUACAGAUAGCCUCUUCCCUCACAGUCCUGGCUGGGUUGUUUCAGAUCCUGUUGGGAGUGGUGAGGUUUGGUUUCGUGGUCACCUACUUGUCUGAGCCUCUGGUCCGAGGCUACACCACAGCAUCAGCGUGCCACGUGUUAUGCUCCCAGCUCAAAUAUUUGUUUGGGGUAAAUCCAGUUCGCUUCUCCGGUCCUCUCUCACUCAUUUACACGGUGGUGGCAAUAUGCCGCUUGCUACCUCAGACGGUGGUACCGGAGCUGGUAGUGAGUCUGGUAGCGCUCGCUGUUCUCAUUGUGGUCAAAGAGCUUAAUGAGUGCUUCAAGCAGAAGCUUCCCCUGCCUAUUCCCAUAGAACUCAUAGUGAUCAUAGCAGCAACCAUCAUCACACAUUUUUGUGGCCUUUCUGCUAAAUACAAAAUUGAUGUUGUUGGUGAGAUCCCGAGUGGGCUUAAGGCCCCCCGAGCUCCAGACGUGACGCUGUUCUCCGCGGUGAUAAGCGACGCUUUUGCUGUGGCCAUCGUGGGCUACGCCAUCACUAUCUCUCUUGGUAAAACAUUUGCUCUCAAACAUGGCUACAAGGUGGAUAGCAACCAGGAGCUGGUUGCUCUCGGACUUAGCAACACUGUCGGCGGCUGUUUUCAGUGUUAUUCCGUGACUUGUUCAAUGUCGCGAAGCCUUGUUCAGGAGAGCACUGGGGGAAAAACACAAGUUGCAGGACUGAUUUCUUCCAUCAUCGUUCUGAUUACGGUGUUAAAAAUAGGAUCUCUCUUUGAAGCUCUCCCAAAGGCUGUUUUAUCCACAAUAGUGUUUGUGAACUUAAAAGGAAUGUUUAAGCAGUUCAUGGACGUGCCUAUGCUGUGGAAGACCAACAAGGUUGAUUUGCUUGUGUGGCUGGUAACAUUCACGAGCACUAUUCUACUUAACUUGGACCUGGGUUUGGCUGUCUCCAUUGGCUUUUCAAUGCUGACUGUUAUCUUCAGAACCCAGCUGCCACGCUAUUCAAUCUUGGGACAAGUGCCAGACACCAACCUAUAUCUGGACAUAGACACAUACAAAGAGGCUAAAGAGAUUCCAGGAAUUAAAAUCUUCCGUUCUUCCGCAACUAUCUACUACACCAAUGCUGAGAUGUACACGGAGGCCUUACAAGAGAAGAGUGGCAUUCAAAUUGGGAAGUUACUGGCCGCAAAGAAAAAACAUGAUUCAACACUGACGCAACAAGAACAACACACAGCCAAAAAUGAGCCAAAGCAACAGCAGAGGGUCAAUCAUCUACCCAAUGGCAUAUUCUCCUUGGAAGAGAAUAAAAUCUCUGCAGAACUGGAAGGACAGCAUUUUAAGCAUGGUGUAGCUUUGAAGCUGACAGAAUCUCCAGCUAAUGGGUUUACGAAAGGCCAAGUGAACUGGGCUUACCAAUCCGACACAAUGUCUGACUCGAAUUCCGACACGGGAUCCGAGCAUUACGAAGCUACUCGGGCUUCAAAAGACAGCGAUGACAAGAAGGGAUACGCCGACCCAGCCGGGCCUCACAGUAUUAUCUUGGACCUUUCAUCAACCAGCUUUGUGGAUACUGUUGCCGUGAAGACCUUGAAAAAUAUAUUCAUGGACUUAAGAGAAAUUGGUGUGGGAGUCUAUGUCACUGGUUGCCAAGCCUGUGUGGUGGAGCAGCUGGAAAGAGCAGGUUUCUUCUCAGAAUCCAUCCCGAAGAGCAGGCUGUUUGUCACUAUUCACGAUGCAGUGCUUCACAUCCUCAACAAAGUGGGACAGACAGACGUCACCCUUGAUGGUUCCUACAACACCAAAAUGUGACCACCAGGGGACAGCGUGUUCCUGCUCGUCAUCUUCCUCUACCCACUGCUCUUCUACUGAUGGCGUUCCAUUGCUCACUAUUGGUCCACAUUGUCUCCUCCCCCUAUAUAGGGAGAAAGUCCACCAGAUUAACAUGGCAGCACAAUUGCCAUGGAAAUGCAUGGAGCCGUUGCUCUGACAACAAGCUUUUUGUUAUAUGGUCUAAUGAGAUGAGCCAGCUUCUGUCACUGUAGAUCUCACACUCUCUGUGAGAAGAGGGGGUUGAGUGGGAGAAUUCAAUACUGGAGUAAUAGCGGCGUGUAUUUAUAGCCCGUGUGAGGCUAAAGAGUGAGCAGAACGUUACUUAGGUAACGAAGCUAAAAUGGCACUGACACUUCUGUCUCUCACAGGAGUCAAAUGUCCUCAUCAAACAACACAAAUAUUUGUUAUGAAUAUAGUCUGCUUGUAAUAUCUACAGGGUUCUAUUUUUUUUCGUUUUUUUUUUUUUUACUAACACCAACAUUGAACAGGCUUGAAUUACAUUUACAGUUUAACUGUAAGCGGUCAGGAACUACUCAGCAGGUUUGUGUUUAUAGUCAGUAUCCUGCUGACAUCUUGAGCUUCUAUUUCAACGACCCAGCUUCAUGUUGGCACCUUCACAUGACAAUGUUUGAACAGUAUGUGCAAACCCUGUUUAUAUAAAAUAUGGCACUUGAGGAAAAUAUUGGGUUUAACGCAAACCAAAUACUGUGCGUGACUUCUUUCUAAUGGCUGUUUAUUAAACCUCUGAUGAAUUAAACAUACCUUUAUAAUUUAA